AUGGCCAGCGGCAGUUCAGCCGAACGCGCGGACCACCAGACUGCCGAGCAUGAUUAUGAUAAUGCAAAGGUUGUCAUCGGCCCGCUUCUUCGGCUGCAUUUUGAAAUGCCCAGCACGGGACGGCAGUUGUCUGCAUCAAUUAAAACGGAUUCAGACGUGACGACGGUGUCUGUGUCUAAUGCUAAACACAGUGGCGAACACCCGGUCACCAUGCGCUCGCUCUUGUCGCCGCAGCUCCAGCCCCGGCCUACGACCGUCGCGUCACCAGCGCCCAGCUCACCACCAGCGACAGUCGCGUCACCACCACCCAGCUCACCACCAGCGCCUGCCUCGUCACCUGCACCCGUCUCACCUUCUGCCUGUUCUGCUCCCAGUUUGAACUCCACACUGAUCGCCACCCCAUCUUCAUCAUUCCGUACUACAGCGCCUGAAGACCCGGCGGCGGAGAUAUCGACCGAAGAAGGAAAUCGAGUGUCUUACAACAGAAUAUCAUAA